ACCACCUCGAGAAGCCUAGAGCAUUUCCACGUGAUCUAGACGGCAACCCUCGUAACACCGGGACAACGAAAAAGGGCAAACUAACUCUCCUAAUCUCAGAGGAUCUGAUCGCCAUCGAACCCUCAGUGGAUUGGUUCAACUACAUGGCUUACGAUUUACAUGGCACCUAGGACAUUGGGAAUGAGUGGACUGGUGCUAUUCUAGAUGCACACGCCAACCUGACAGAAAUAGAUUUCUCAAUGAAUUUGCUAUGGUGGAACAAUAUUACUUCGUCUAAGGUCAACUUAGGUUUAGCCUUCUACGGCCGUAGUUUCACCAUUGCUAGCUCCGACUGCGAUACCCCUGGCUGCGCGUAUCUUUCGGCUGGAGACGAAGGUGUUUGCAGCGCUUCAGCUGGUAUCCUUCUCAGUAGUGAGAUCGAACAGAUCAUGAGUGAUAACGACCUUACCCCAGUUUUCUACAAGGACGCAGCUGUCAAAGCCAUAAUUUUAGGUGCAAUUUCAUCCUCCAACAACGAUUUCUCCAAAGGCAUUUAGAAUAGGCAAGCUAAUCGAAGUGAUCUCGUAGUGGGAUAAUGACCAAUGGGUUUCAUUUGACGAUCAGGACACCUUCAAGCUCAAAAGCGAUUUUGCGAAGUCGCAAUGUCUUGGGGGUGUUUUGGUUUCGUCUGUCGACUAUGAUGACAGCAAUAACACACUCUCGCGAGGGCUAGCAGCAGCGCUCGGCAAUGAAAUUAACGUAGAUACGUCCACAGGUCUAGCACUUACUGAAAGAGAUACAUCAAAGACGACGACAACCAGUGAAGGCGAACAGGAUGCUUACUGCCGGUUCACUAAUUGUGGCGAAACAUGUCCCUCUGGUUUCACCACUGUUGUUCGAGGCGAUAAGAAAUCGCAACUUAUGCUCGACGGGUCCCAGUGUUGGCCAGGCUCUGGACUUACGCAGACCUUGUGCUAUCCUACUUCAAACGAUGUACUGACUUGUCAAUGGCGCGGCUUUCAUAUUAAUGGUAAAUGCAAGGCGGCUGCAACAGCGGCGAAUCUGAAGUGGGAACCAAUUCCGCCGGAUGCAAGUCAGGCGAUCAAUCGGCUUGCUGUACCACUACAGCCUCGACAAAGACGUAUUCCGAGUGUGCGUGGACUUCAAGCUGUGAAAGCGAUGACACGUGCCCAUCAGGCUAUUCGAAUUUUGUCGUAGGGUCUCGCGCGGGCUGGGGUGGUCGAAAGAAAUCGUGUACUGGAAAGAAGAAAUACAACUACUGCUGCGCAGACUCCGUCCCGGAUGCCUUCACCAACUGCGCUUGGGCAGGGCUUGAGGUUUCAUUUAAGAAUGAUAAAUACUGUAGCGACACUUGCCCUUCAGGUACGAUUCGGAUUGCCGAACAGGAUGAUUUUGGACAAACACCCAACGUUGCAAACUGCAUUUGGGGUAAGGAGGCAUAUUGUUGUGGUGGGACCAUUACUACAAGCACCACAAGUCCUCGGGCACCCACCUACCAGGACACCACAGCAAGGGAGUUCGAUGCCUAUCUCAAUAAAUAAUUGGCGGCCGAUACCUUGCUAACCGACAUGCUUUGUAACAUGGCUGAGGCAGCCAACGGACUCGAAAACCUGCAGUCAGAUUCAUCGAUUUUGUGCGUGAGUCCCGAUGAUAAUGUCGGUUCCUGGGAUGAUCUCGUAACCGCCAAACGAGGGAUCUCGGCCCGAAGACUCGAUGAAAUGGUUACAACUGCCCGCACUCCCAAUGGACUCCAGCCGUCGGUUUCUCAAGCCAUCAGAGGCGUAUUGAACCUAUGUUAUUUGAUUUUAUUUAUUUAUAUGAAAGAUUUGCAUUAUUAUUACCAACUGUGAUUAUCAAAACCGGCCUCGAUUAUCAGAGACGAUUUUGAUAAUCAGAACUGGUUAAGAUUAAUAGGGCCGGUCUUGAUUAGAAUAGGCGUCUUUAACAAAACCGAAGAAAAGCUCAAUUGCUGACUAUAUUUUAGGGUGAUUUGUCCCUGCAUUACCUUCACUGGCUCAAUCCGACACUGUCGGUGCUCAAGUUAUAUUAGAACUGGCCUUUUGGAUCGGUCCUACUGCAGGCGUGGCUCCCACGGCAGCUCAGCGUGCCGCCUAUGCCGAUACCACACAUACAGUUGCAGCCGAUCGCUGGAUCGUGUUUCAUUUACAUAUCCCCCUGGAUCGAUACACAUUUAGACAAGAGAUCACGAAUGACGAUACGUUUUGGCAUCUGGGCGUUGGUACCAUAACUGUGUAUCAUGGCCAAACCGUCAAUAUAAGUCCCCCUCGAUCUGGUGCCGGCACCCUCGAACCCCGAGUAGAGUUUCGCUAUUCCUCCACCUAUGCAGGGGGCGUGAAUACCGGCAACAUGACUAAUUACAAUGCACGCACUCAAGCUCUGCCUUGUCCUAUAGGUGACGAUAUCCAGACCAGAAUGUAUCUAGGUCUAGACUUGAACGCUGCUGUUCAAGCAUUGAUUCGAUCUUUUGUGGGCGCUACCCUUGUAAAUUCAUUUGUAAGUCAAACUGUCAAUUGCAUAUCCACCAGUCCAAAUAUCAUCAUAAUUAUGACCGCUUCUCAUAAUCAUAAACUAACACAAAUUUCAAUAGAAUCUUUGGAUGUAUGAGCAAGGAAUUGCGAGUCUUACCAAUUUGCAAUAUCUAUGGCCGUCAUUACCGGGGAUCAAGGCGGCUUCGAACUUGUGGGUGGAUUUGACGGAAAUUCCAAUCUUAAUCCUGAAUUUG